AUGCGUGAGGAUAUGGUGGAUUCUGAGGACGAAUUGAGCGCCUGGCGCGACCUCCAGUCGGGUGCCACGACGCCAAACGUUCAAGAGGCUGUGGAGAACCUGAAGCGCUCGCUGAGCUUUAGCACGCUGCACGAGAUGUCUACCAACCCCUCGUCCGAGUUGCGUCGGAACCUGCAGAACAAGCUCUGGCGCCCCAAGGACGAGGAAGCGCGUCUCCCCAGCGACUGGGAGCGACUCAUCGUGCACGUCGUCCGUGCGGGGGCGCGCGCGUUUAUGCUUGCGUACGGUUUGCGUAGCAGCAUUAGUGCUUUGAUUGCGCUGAUCAAGUCGCUUCGUUCUAGCUCGUACAAGUUUGUGAGCAACGCCCUUCGUCUCAUGACCCCUAUGCACAAGGGCUCGUCACCGAAUGCGCUGUGUCGCUCCAAGACGGCGCCGGUGACGGGCUCUAGCCAGGAUGGCCUCAUGAUGGGUGAGAAGCACCAUCACAAGCACCACCACAAGCAUGACCACAAGCAUGACCAUAAGCAUGACAAGCACCAGAAGCAUGCCAAGGCUCAGGACUCCUGGAAGCAUCUGUCGAGCUACGACCCUCGUGUGCGUUACUGGCACCCGUACGUGGCCGGUGCCAUCUCGUCGCUGGCGAUGCUGGUCGAGCGCAAGAGCCUCGUCCAAUCCUUUGGUCCUCAGCUCUUCCUGCGCGGUCUGGAGGGUUCCUACCGCUUUGCCCGCUCGUUGGGCUACAUUGAUAUCCCCUACGGCUCCGUACUGGCAUUUGGUAUUGCCAACGCUGAGAUCAUUUCGGCAUGGCUCAGCCGCCCUGACCACUUGUCGCGCGCGUACAAGCGCUGGAUCGACAAGGCCAGUGAAAUCCCCCUCACUACGCUGGACGUGUACCUUGAUUCGGCGAACGGCACGGGUCCCAGCCCGUGGGACCUGGAGAAGCUGUUCGGCGGUCAGCUGCCGGAACCCAUCAGCACCAGCCCGCUCAAGUAUCCCGACAUGCCCCCUACGAAGGAUGCACCUAUGGGCAUUUCGGGUGACGUGGUCGCCAAAAUGUAUCGCUGGUUCGAGUCCGGUGACCUUACAAAGUUCCCCACCUGUGCACUUUCUCACCCUUGGACCACCAACCAUGCGAAGGCGUCUGUGUUCAACUUCUGGAGUCGCUGGAAGUGGAUCCUCCCCGUGUAUCUCACGCUGUACUUUGUCCCCACCGUCUUUCUGCGUCCCAAGACGCUUCUGCGCUCGCCCAAGACGGCGCUGACGCGUGUCCUUACUGGCUCUGCGCGCUCUUCCGCUUUCCUGGCGGCGUACAUCGUGAUUGUCAAGAGCUUCUUCUGCUUCUUCGAGGGUGGUUCGGACAUGAUCCGCUACUCGCCUAGGCUGAGCAAGCUGCCGGGUGCCAUGACCCUUUCGAACAUCAUGAAGAACGACAACAUGAAGGUUGUGGCAGGUUUCUCCUCGUGCCUGUCGCUCUUUUUGGAACACAAGCACCGCCGCAGCGAGCUGACGGCCUACGUCAUGCCCAAGGCGAUGGAGGCGUACUGGGCUGCGGGCCGCGAGCGCGGCCUCCUGCCCCAUGUGCCGUAUGGCGACUUCCUGCUGGCUAUGGUCAGUGUCUCGAUGAUCAUGGGUGCGUACACGCACAACCCUACGAGUUUGUCGCGCCUUGUGCAUCUGGUUAUCUACCAGUUCAUGGGCCGCAACUAA